AUGACAGAUCCUAUUGCACCACACAGUCCCUCUAUUUCAGCCUAUAUGAGUGCACAUGAAGCUACGAACCUUGCUUAUGUAAGAUACUUUGGUAAAGUAGAUCAGGCAACCAAGGCUACCUUCAAGAGUAUCAGUUCAACUCAGUUUACAGUCGAGUACACAACACCUGAUGGUACAGAAGGAACGGUAUCUAUUCCAUUUAAGACACCAUUGACGAAACGAGAAGAUAUUCGACCUGUAUUAGAGAGUAUGGCUAAAGAAGCUGAAAAUGCAUUAGGAUUACCAAGCUCACUAUCGGGUCCACCACCUUUAAAAGCAAUUGCAAAGGCCAUGAUGGCAUCCGUUUAUACUCCAUCUGAACCUUUGGUGCCCUUGAACAGCUUCUAUUUACCUCGACCUGCUACCAUGAUAUCCGUUGGUUUAGCUUUAGGCACUGUUGCCCUUCUGGCAUACUCAUCAGACGCAUAUCUCAAACGCCAAUUCCCUGCUCAGGUCAUGGAAAUACGUAAUACGAUUGGUCAGAAGCAACUUAGGUCGAUCAUGAAUGUCACCAUUGCUAUCCAUACACUUGAAACAAUCUACACGUUCAUGACCUGUUGGCGCAGAGGAUGGUAUGGACCGAUCAAUACUGUCAAAUGGUUAAUGAGUACUUUUAUCUUUGGAUUUGGAUCUCUUCAGCAAUUAAAGCAACAUGCAAAGGACGUGUAUAGUUUCAAGAAUGAAUAA